UGCAGGUUGCUGACAUGUCACAAAUGGAAUUUAAAGAAGAGCAGUACACAUGGUACCAACUGUCACCAAGACACCUGGAGCACAGAGUUCGCCUCCCAACUGCCAUCACACUUCAUAAACUGGUUCCAAAGCUACACUCUACUACUUAUGUGCCACAAGUACCAUCAGUUCAUACGUAUAAACACCUGAGUCAAGAUGAGAUAGAGAAAGCACAAGCAAAGGCAAGAAAUUUCCUGAUCCAAGAUAGACAUUCCAAAAUUUCCCAUAUGUCAAGAAAAGUUGAUAAUGAAGGCAUUAAAGAAAAUGAGAAGAGUCCCACAACCAAAAAAGCAAGUCCGAUAAAAUUGAUAAAACCUGAUGAAGGAGGUGUCAAAGUAAGAAGUGGUAAAGAAAGAAAGUUCACCAGACUUGAAGCAAAUGAACAACUUCAGGCAAGGAGACCAACAUUGCCUGUAUACAAAGGGAUUGGUGAAUCUGGCCUUCGAACACGCCAAAUCUCAAGACUAGCGCCACAGAUCAUAACAACUCUGACAGAUCUUGAGAGCAUUCUCAUGCAGCCUGCGUUAAAGGAUUUUGUUAUGCCUCAUGAAAAUGAGAUAAAAAGGAAGAGAUGGGAAGAUUUUCUGCACUCAGCUGGCAGGACACUAUUCUCAUUAAAGAGAGAGAUUUUCCAGUUAGAAAGAUCUGAUAUUCAUGGAGACAGGAACAAUAGCAAGAAUUUGAGAAUUAUGGCUACAUCUACUCGUACUCUUCACAAGCUUUUGCUGGCUUUGAAGACACAUGCACCAAUUGCUUUCAUAUCAGAAUCAGGCAGAAGACUACAUGCAGAACUUAAAACUGCAUCACAAAGAUUGUUUGAGAUACUGAUUGUUGCAGGAAUCAGAAUACCAAAGAUAAAAUAUCAGACAAAAAAGUCUUCAAUUUUGGAGGUGCCUGAAGAAAGCAGCUGUGAGUUUCCUUCUGAGAUUGUCUCCUCAGAAGUGGAUUCUCACACAAAGUCAGUCUUGCAUCCAAAUUUUGUGAGGGAAAGGAUUGCUUGCCUUGCUAACCAGAAACUGAAUAAGAAGAGAUGGGAAAAGCAUGGAUACAGACCAGAAAGCAUACCAAGAAAUGAACAAGUUGGAAAGGAAAAGACAAUAAACUUACAAGAUAAUCAGGAAAGUACAAAUAAUAAAAUCUCUAUCUCACAUAAGCAGCUGAAAUAUGUACAUACCAGGAAAUUAACCAUUGCUUCUGGACCAAAGAGUAAGCAUGGGAGAAGACCUCAGCCUAUAGGGAAAAAGCAGCUAAUAGAAAAUCAAGUUCAGGGAAAGCUAGUUGAGAGAGAGUCAAAGAAAAUGCCUAAAAAUAUACAGAGAAGGACUUUGCCACAUAAAGGAGAUAGGGAGCAGUUGGAGAAAUUGCAACGUCAACUUCAGUCAGAAGAUGAAGCAGUUGUAGAUCCAGAAAAUGAAAUAACUGUUGCUCCAAAUUCUAGUAAGGGAAUGCCAGUAUCAUCAUCCCCUAGACCUUUACAUCACAGUACCAGGAAGAUGGUUAGCGAAAAGUACCUAGUUGAACGUACUGCUGAUGCUAUUGUGGACCGGCUUUUACCUUUGAUUAAUCAAGAAAGCAAGAAAGUGGAAGAUGGCUGUGCUGCACCUGCCUCUAUGCUAGACAUCACUGAUCCUUCUGUACAGAAACAAGCUCCUCAGAUUCAUUAUUUGUUAGACAGAGUAUGCAUAAUUGAAGAGGAUUGGAAAAAGGUGCAAGACACGGUUUCAGAAAUAUCAAAGCGAAUGGAAGGAGCAAUCCAAAAUCCUGAAACCAAUCUUCAAAUGGCAAUAGAGAAAGCAAGAAGACUCAUGGACUCAGUUGGGACUAACCAUAGGCUCACUAAUGAAGCACGUGUAGCCACUGAGAAGAUCUUUGAUUAUGGAUUCCUCCUGAAAAAGAAUUUUGCAGAUAAGAAUCCCUUCUCAGAGCAGGGUAGUAGGAGUGUUAUGAUUAAUAUUAGUAAAUCUUCCUAUUCAGAUGUGAAUGAGGGAAGUAUAAGUAUAGGGAACCUAAAUGUGAAUGAAGAGCAAAAGCUGAAAAGCAUUGCAGAUCAAAUAAGGCAGCAAAAAGAAGAGUUCUGGGAAUCCCUAAUCAAGCGUGGUUUUAUGAAGCCUCAAGAUGUUACUGUUGAAGGAGCAGAGGCAGCCAAGGAAGUCAUGGAGAUCAUGCAGAGUAAGGCCCAGCUUGAUUCUACAGCUGUUGCAGAAGUUAGUGUACCAAGAAAAGCUAUAAUUAUUAACAGUGAGCCAAGAGUCCAAGAGAUAAACAAAGCUAUAUCCAAAGGCAGGGCCUCAUUAACAAAUGCAAAAAGAAAUCAGACUUUGAGUAGCACACAGGUUUGUCAAGAGGCUCAGGUUGGUUUCUCUCUUCAAUCUUCCUUCUCUGCCUCUGAUAGCUCUACUGACCAGUCAACCCACUUAAGUGAGAAGUCUAACAGUAUAUACAGUACUUCACACCAGUCUUCUGAUCAGUCCAGGAGUGAAUUAGAGAGCUUCCCAUCUUAUGAUGGUUUAAGUAAUGGAGAGUAAAUAUGAAUAAAUUAGCUAACAAAUACAAGCCAGUUUUCAUGUAAGCUAUAUAAUGUGAAAUAUAAAUUUUACUGCUUUUGUUG